CUGUUACCAUCGAGUUGCAGAAGUUCUUCGGGCACAAUUUCACUACAACACAAUGGCUGACAAAGGAGAUAUGAAGAGAGAUACGACAGAUGCCAAUCCGAACCUUGUGUCUGACACAGAUGCCAGACAUGGAACUGGUUAUUCAGGAUUAUUCUCCAAGGGAUCAACUAGAAAACCAGUCCCAAGGACCAAAGUCUUAACUGAAGCAGAACUACACAGUCCACACUACAAGAUGGACCACGCUAAACGUGGGAAGGCCAUUAUUAUUAAUAACAAAGAAUUUAAAGGCAACAUGGGACUUGGGGACAGGAAGGGAACAGAUGUAGAUGCGUCUGUCAUGUACCGGAGACUUGAGGAACUGGACUUUGACGUCACAUUAGAACACAAUUUGACUGCAGACAAGAUGCAACAUCUUCUCAAUAAUUUAUCUUUAGAAGAUCACAAUGACUGUGACAGUCUGUUUGUCGUCGUCCUGAGCCAUGGUGAGGAUGGGGUAGUCUUCGGCACAGAGGGGUCAGUCGAGGUCAAGAAACUCUUUGAACCCUUCAAAGGAGAUAGAUGUCCAAGUCUGGCUGGCAAACCUAAAAUAUUUGCUAUACAGGCAUGUAGAGGUUCACAGUUCGACGACGGUUUGGACGUAACUGUCGCAGAUGCAGAAGGUAUGAUGGAGGUUGACCGAACUGUUAGAACUCAGUCCAUCCCUGCCGAAGCUGAUUUCCUUGUUGCUUACUCAGUAGUUCCAGGUUAUUACUCCUGGAGGAACUCAACAAAUGGAUCAUGGUUCAUUCAAGCCUUGUCAAGUGCCCUUGAAGACAAGAAGCUUAAAGACCUGGAUUUCUUGCGUCUCCUCACUGUUGUAAACAGGAGGGUGGCUUAUUGUUUCCAGUCACAGACCUCUGACCCCAGAAUGGCAUUGAAAAAGCAGAUCCCUUGCAUAACUUCCAUGCUUACGAAGGAGAUAUACUUCACCCCAAAGUAAUUCCUGUUAUAUUAGGAUUAGAUUAAAGUUGGUAUGUAAAUUUAGUAAGACAACUAUGGUGUAAAUCUGGGGUAGAACUGAUUAAAAUUGAUCAAGUUUGCGAAGGACAAUUGAGAUAUAUGUGUGUAUGAAAAUGAUCAUGGAACUUGAGUUUUUUUCGUGAUGAAAAAAAAAGUAGUGAAGAACAAACCUGAAAGAUAUAGUGAUAUUCAAGUAAGAAGACGGCUACUAUCAUACUAUUCUGCACUUUAAAAUUGUUUUGAUAUCGAUCAAUGGAACAUACCCAGUUUUUAAACUUUCAAUUCAGGUUUGUGAAUCUCCAAAUUAAAUAUUAGUUGACAUUAUGGAAAUUUGGUAACAGUUUUAAAUAUUGAUGUACUCUCAGAUACAUUAACUGUAGAUAUGUGUCCCAAGCAUAUCACUUUUACUUUUUAAUAAAAUUGUACAUUUGUGCGAGACUCAAGUUUCGUGGGUUUACAGAUAAUACUGUUUCAUUUGUUCUUAAUUUCACUGAUAAAUAUAAAAAUCGUUGGAAAAUUAAAUUGGUGAAAUAUUAUCAAGGAACAAUUACAAAAAAAAAAAUUUAAAACAAUGAAAAUUAAUUCACAUUUUAUUUCAUAAAUUACAGCGGUCAUUAUUUUUUCAGUUUUGACUUUUAAUCAUGCAAAAUUUAAGUUUAUUUCCG